CUGCCGCUGUAGUUGUCUGCUUGCUGCUGCAGUCAGACCCGUUGUUGUGUUGUGUCUGAUGCUGACUCCAUUCAUUCAAUUCAUUGAUUGAAAGCAUUCGCGUCAAUCGGCUGUCAAAUUCGAUUGAGAGAAGUCGUGGCCAGAAAGUCGGUGUGUUCCCUGAACUGAGUCAUUACCUUGAUCCGGUAAAAGUUUGUCAUUGCCGGUUUGGUUAGUCGUCUUUGCCAUAACAUGUGGGCCCGGGCGCUUCUGAGGCAAGUGGCAAUGUUCGGGUCGACCCACGGCCGGGAAUGCGGCCAUCCAUUGCGGGAAAACUACAUCUGCCGCUGGAGGCCUGCUGCUGCUCAGAAGCUUAGCUUUUCGACGACCUCCUCCAGCCCCUCAGGGGACCCCAGUGAGAUGGAGUCAAUCGUACUAAAUGCACUAGAAGAGCCAACUCCGUACACACUGACCAAGGAGCAAGAAAUAGCUGUCACUCAAAGCGAUCCUGUAAAGGAGAGAAAGUUAUCAGAAUUAAUGUUGAGACUUUAUAUCAAGAAAGAACACGGUGAGGUGUUGCCCCAAGAGAUUAGGAUGGAAGAUCUCAAAGUCAUGAUAGACCUGGGUCAGUCACAACUAUCAAAAAAGUUGCGUUACCUUAUUAAACGUUCAUCGCUUAAAAAGAAGAUUUCUGAAAUGAAAGAGAAAGAUGAAAGAUUAAGCGAGUUGGAGAUCAUCAGGGAAGAAAGAGCAAAAAUUGCAUCAGAAAUGGAGCACCCUUGGUUGAAUUAUGCACUUUAUAAUAAUACUCUUUUCCCUCGGGUUUUUAAAAGAAGCAUUGUUACAUUUGCUGAUUGUUGGGUUGGGACGGCAAUGCAUGAAGGUCAGAAAAUUGUUAUAGAUUGCUCGUAUGACUCACAGAUGGAUGACAUGCGGAUCAAACACACAGCCAAACAAAUUUUGUACUGUCAUGUAUACAACAGAUCAGUUAAAAGACCUUUCUCUUUGCAUUUAUGCAAUUUAGAGACAGAUGGUCGGUUGAUGUAUUAUAUUAGGAGAUUACAUCCUAAGUUUGAAAUUGAUACACCUGUUAGCCUGCACUCAGGUUCAUACUUGGAUGUUUUUGAAAGGAGGAAUCUAGUGUAUCUCAGCCCUCAUACUACAGCAACAGUUGAAUAUAAUCCAAAUGACAUUUAUAUUUUGGGUGCUUUGGUAGACAAAGACAUGGGGUUGGCUCUGUCUAACAAAAAAGCAGCCAAAGAGAAAAUACGCUCUGCUUCCCUGCCUCUAGGAAAGUAUAUGAAAUGGAAGAAAGGAGGAAAGAGCCUUUGCAUUCAUCAGUGCUUUCAAACUCUCCUUGACGUUAAAAUCACUGGUGACUGGGAGAAGGCACUCCGAGACAACGUUCCUCAAAGAAAAGUUUGGGACGAUUCUGGGAAUGAAAAUUUAUCUCGAUUUAGUAGGGUAUACUGAAAAUUAUCUCAAUAAACUUUCAGGAUAGUUAAAUAAAAUUUUAAGUCCUUUCA